AUGUACAUAAAUAAUUCGCGCUGCGCAAUGAUGUAUGCGCUGUGACUGAAGUGAAAACGAAACAAGCGGUGAGCAUCGAGUGAAUGAACUGUCUGUGGUCUUGGUGGGUGAAGUUGGAUGGGCUCUGUGAAGUUUUGUCUGAUACAUCAGUGACUGUCAGUUCACCUUCUGCUCACCAGAUGUCACCACCUGUACGAAACGAAAACGGAGUCGAAUAUGACUUAAAUAGUAGUGAUGGUGAUACAUUGGGUGCAUCCUGGCAAUUCUGGCGCCGCAGGCGAUAUGUUGUUGCAUUCCUAGCCUUUCUUGGCUUCUUCAAUGUGUAUGCACUUCGUGUGAACCUCAGCGUUGCCAUUGUUGCAAUGACAGCCAGAAGGAACAUAACAUUGAACAACGGCACCAUGAUAAUUACCAGAGACUUUGAGUGGGAUUCCAAGAUGAAGGGCCUGCUCCUUAGUUCAUUCUUCUAUGGCUACAUUAUAACACAGAUCCCAGGUGGAUGGCUGGCUGCUCGGGUUGGAGGUAACAGGGUCUUUGGUAUAGGGAUAGCCGUUACGGCAUUCCUCACUUUGCUGACACCUCCUCUCACUUAUGUCAGUGUUUAUCUACUUUUGGCUGUCAGAAUAGUGGAAGGAAUUUUUGAGGGUGUUACAUAUCCCUGUAUACAUGCAGUAUGGGCACAAUGGGCACCACCAAUAGAACGCAGCCGCCUGGCCACACUAGCGUUCUCUGGAAGUUAUGUGGGUACAGUGGUAUCUCUACCCAUCUCAGGGUACUUAGCAGAACAGUUUGGGUGGCCUUAUAUCUUCUAUGUGUUUGGGGCAGUAGGUCUUAUUUGGUUCAGCAUCUGGUGGACUGUUGUGAAGGAAGGACCUGAAGAAGACUCAGGAAUCUCUCCUCAAGAACUGAAAUAUAUUAAAGAUUCACUGGGUAACACUUCACUUAAGGAUGUGGUGCACCCAUGGGGUAAGUUCUUGACAUCACCUCCUGUGUGGUCCAUUGUGAUGGCACAUUUCAGUGAGAACUGGGGCUUCUACACACUUCUCACUCAACUACCAACCUUCAUGAAAGAUACUCUGAAAUUUGAGCUGGAGAAGACUGGGGUCAUGUCUGCAUUGCCAUACCUAGUGAUGGCGAUAGUGCUGCAGUUUGCAGGGCACCUGGCAGACUGGUUGCGCUCCAAGGGCAUUCUCACCACCACCCAGGUGAGGAAGCUGUUCAACUGUGGAGCAUUCAUCAGUCAGACAGUGUUCAUGCUCCUGGCAGCAUUCCUGCUAACCCCUGCAGGUGCUGUCACAUGCCUCACCAUUGCUGUAGGACUUGGAGCUUUUGCUUGGUCUGGAUUCAGUGUGAAUCACCUGGACAUAGCCCCCCAACAUGCCAGUGUGCUGAUGGGUCUGUCUAAUACUGUGGCCACAUUGCCUGGUAUUAUCAGUCCAGUCAUCACAGGUUACAUUGUGCAAAAUAAGCAAGCGUCAGAGUGGCAGAUUGUGUUCUACAUAGCAAGUGCCAUCUACCUUGUGGGUGCAAUAAUCUACGGUGUGUUUGCUUCAGGUGAACGACAAAGUUGGGCUAAGGACAAACUUCAAAUUGUAAGAACAGUGAAGAGUGAACAGUGUUACUCUAACAGUGCCGUCGAAGUUGAUGCUGCAUAACCAAAUCAUGUAUCAAGAUUAUAGCCUUCAGGGCUGUAACACCAUGUAGUUUGGUUGACAGGUUCUAUAAAACACUGGUAUUUCUCUACAAGACUACAUAGUACCACACACAAGGAAAUCCUAAUAUUGAUGUUCACUGCCAUGAGAACCUCAAAUAUCACAAAUUCACUUUGGAUAGAUCUGGCAGUUCACUGAACAGUUUAUUGUUAUAUCCUGGACAUGCAUGUUAUCACUGUUUAUGGUAUUCAUGGCUUGAUAUGAUGUAGCUGAACAAGUUCUUCUAGCACUAAAAUUCUCAGAUUGUAUUCAGGAGGUGAUCUUUUAUAAUGUCUGGCAGGACAUAAGCUAUCCUGACUAAAAUUCUUUCAUGGCUUUCCUCAGUUACACAAGUCAAGUAUCAGGUUAGUACCUUAUUUAGGCCAUUCUCACUUCUUUUCAAAUCUUUCCAGUUCAUCUACAUCCUACCAUCCAACACUACAUGAGUCUUGAUACUGAAAGUGUUGUCAAAUAACUUCCAAAAAAAGUAUAUGAUGUAAUAGACCUAAGCCUAUAAUGUACAACAGAGCUAAAUGAAGCAUGUUUGUGGUAAGAUUUAGAUCUACCAAGCAUGAUGUAAUAUUUACUUCCUACACAUAGUCACUUCAAUAGCACAUACAACAUGACUUCUCUCUGGUGGGACAUGGUAUUUCAAAGAAGAACAUUGCAGGGCCAAACCGGGCUUGUAAUUUAUAAUGUUACCAAAUUCUGUGAAGUGGAAAUAAAGAUGGCAUGACAAUUCCUCUAAGCAAAGCAGUGAUAUAUGCUGAUAUGUGUGGAAGCACUAUCUAUCUAUGGCUCUACAGCCCUUUGUUGGGCAUUGGCCGCUUUUCAGUUUCUUAAUCCUAUACACAGUUGGUAGGACUCAUCAGAUGGGGGAUCAGCCUCUUGCAAGGCCUCUAGUUACACGCAGAACAGGGCCACGCCAUAGCUCAAGUGG